AUGGUUCAGCAACUAAGCCUUUUUGGAUCUAUUGGUGAUGACGGCUACGAUUUACUAAUUUCAACUUUGACCACAAUAUCAGGUAAUCCUCCGCUACUGUAUAACAGUUUAUGCACUGUCUGGAAACCAAAUCCAUCUUACGACGUCGAGAACGUGAACUCUAGAAACCAAUUGGUUGAACCAAAUAGAAUAAAACUUUCCAAAGAGGUGCCAUUUUCUUACCUGAUCGAUGAAACAAUGAUGGAUAAGCCAUUAAACUUUAGAAUCUUGAAAUCUUUUACAAACGAUAAAAUCCCGCUUAACUAUGCUAUGACACGGAAUAUCUUGCACAACACAGUUCCGCAAGUCACCAACUUCAACAGCACAAACGAAGAUCAAAACAACAGUAAGCAUACAGAAGAUACUGUAAAUGAAAGUCGAAACAGCGAUGACAUCAUAGAUGUCGACAUGGAUGCAAGUCCCGCCCCUUCAAACGAGUCAUGUUCCCCUUGGUCAUUGCAAAUUUCAGAUAUUCCUGCUGCAGGAAACAAUAGAAGUGUUUCAAUGCAAACGAUAGCUGAGACUAUCAUAUUAUCUUCAGCUGGCAAAAACUCUUCAGUAUCCUCGCUCAUGAACGGAUUGGGUUAUGUAUUCGAAUUUCAGUAUCUUACAAUUGGUGUGAAAUUUUUUAUGAAGCAUGGUUUAAUACUUGAGUUACAAAAAAUUUGGCAAAUAGAAGAAGCAGGCAAUUCACAAAUAACAAGCGGAGGGUUCCUUUUAAAAGCAUACAUCAAUGUUAGUAGGGGGACCGAUAUCGAUCGUAUAAACUAUACAGAGACUGCCUUGAUGAACUUAAAAAAGGAACUACAAGGCUAUAUAGAGUUAAGUGUACCCGAUAGACAGUCAAUGGACUCGAGGGUAGCACAUGGAAAUAUUCUAAUAUAA